AUGCAAACAAUAAGGAUUUUGCCGAACAUAAAAUCUCUUCUCAGGGAUGGAAAAGAGGCUGAGGCGGUUGAUGUGAUAAAUGUGCACGUGGAUGUAGUUGCCCCAUACAUAAAGGACGAUCUCAAAUACAUCAAGUCUGACGACCCAAAGACAAGUCUGUGCCUGAGCAAGAUCUAUUUCGUUCUUGAGGACUAUGAGAAGGCUAUAGAGUAUGCACUCCGUGCUGGGGAUCUUCUUGUUGAUGAUGGAUCGUUUUACUACACUUCUAUUGUUUAUCAUAUGAUGGAUUCUGUUGACAUGAAUACUGACGGUAAGGUCAGGGACUUUGUGCUCCGGGUUAUAGGGUCUGAAGAUGUGGACGACUCUCUAAUUGGAUAUUUAUUUUCCAUAAAAGCAUAUGGAUUGCUAAAGGAAGCGCUUGUGAGGCACAUGUCUGUGGAGAAUGAUUACAGGAAGCUUCUUGAUCUUCUUGUGUCACUAGGAGAAGAGGAAGGGUGUCUGAAAGAGAUAUAUGGGAUGUUUGCCGAGAUUGGGCCAAGAAAUAAGCCCUUCAUUUUUUAUGUUAUAGACGCCUACUUCUAUCUUGAAGACAUAGAAAAAGUGAAAGAGUUGAUUGAAAGACUUAUGAAAGAAGAUAUUCUUUUAUGCUACGAGGUUGCAUUCUACAUAGAGGAUAACUAUAGUCCUGAGAUUGAAGUUCCAAACGAAAAGGUUAUGCUUAUACUCAGCGGGGAGUUUAAGAAGAAGAUUCUUGGAGGGUUUCUUCUAGAAAAGAACCUUACCAGCUUCAAGUUUCUUGAAUCAAUAGCAAGAACUAGGACCCAUUACUUAGGGUUAGCCAAUUCUUUAAUGAACUUGGGGACCUCCAAUGACACGUUCUACAGAAGCAAUGCAGAUAUCUUUGGGCAGUCAAGUGAAUGGGCGAAGUUUUGCGAGGUGUCCAGUAUUGGGAUGAUUCAUCUAUUCAAUUCUAAUCCAUAUGAGAUACUCAAAAAUUACCUUCCUAGUGAAGUUAGCUUGAAGGAAGGGGGAGCUCUAAUGGCUCUGGGACUUAUAAAAGCAGGGACUUUUAGCGAAGAAGAUACAGAGUACCUUCUAUACUUUUUAGACACAGAGGAUACACUCACACCCGAGCUAGCAUAUGGUGUAUGCUUAGGACUAGGACUUAUCAAUAUGGGAUCGGCUAAUAGUGAGAUCCUAAGUAAGCUCAAGGAGCUUUCAAAAGUUGAUCGUACAUUAUUAGUAGAGGCCUCUGUAUAUGGAAUGGGGAUGCUAGGGCUCAAUUCGUGGAAUGUUGAGAUUCUAGAAGAUUUGAAGGCAAUAUCUGGAGAUACAGAAUUUGAGCGUGUGAAAAUAGCUACAGGAGUCGCGUUUUCACUAGUUCUAAUGUUCAGUGAAGAGAUGUUCUAUGAUGAGGGUACCAUGGCGAAUGAAGACUCUAGAAAUUAUAUAAACGAGCUUCUUUCUGAUAAAGAUCCGAUCGUGAAAGCAGGGGGUGUUCUUUCCCUUGGGUCCGCAUUUGUUGGUACAGGGAGACUCAGUGUGAUCUCAUUUCUUCUUCCUUAUAUCAACGAUGGAAGCGAUGAUGUCAAGAGAGCAGCUGUGAUAGCAAUAGGGCUUGUAUGCUGUGACAAUAGAGAUCUUCUUGUAGGAACCUUGGAACCUCUCUCUGAGAACCAUAACUUCUUUGUAAGAGCCGCAGUGGCGAUUAUUCUUGGAUUGUUCCUCUCUGGAACAGGAGAUAAGGUUUGCACCAACAUUCUAGAAGCAUUAAUGUAUGACAGUAACAAUCUCGUGAGACAGUCUGCUUGUAUUGGUGCUGGGUUCAUUACAAUGCAAUGCAACCCGGAGCUUGUUCCGAAUUAUAAGCGUAUCAUUGAAAGGUUGAACAAGUUGAUAGUUGACAAGAAGGAGAAUGGGGCUGUGGAGUUGGGUGCUGUAUUUGGCAGGGGGUUAAGCGAGGCUGGCGGGAGGAACAUUAUCUUUUCUGUGAGAAACAUGUCUGGAAUUACAUCUGCAGAUAGGAUAGCAGGUGCGAUAUUAUUUUUACAUUACUGGUAUUGGUAUCCUCUCUUAAGUAUGGUGUCUUUAUGUGCUCUCCCAACAGGUAUAUUUUGCUUCAAUGAGGAUCUUGAAGAAGAAAACAUCGAAAUCCCGACAUCUAAUCGCUACUACAAUCUUCUCAUACGGCUUCCAGAUGUUAAGAAAGCAAGAAGAUUCAAGCAAAAACCUAAGGAGGAUAAGGAAGUCAUUACUGAGUCUCCGUCUGUAUUGACCUCCGGCAGCAGAUGCACAAUCAAGCAAAGACAGGAGUGCGGCCUUGAUUCCCCUGCAAUUUUUUUUGUGAAGAAGAAAUAA